AUGGAACCAAUAUCAACGCGUGCAAUGGUCAGACUCCUACCAUUCAACAGCACUAACAAUCAAGUCCAUGUCAUGUUAGACGUUCAUCAAGUGGCAAUGCAGCAUAGAGGAGAACAUGAUCAUGCUAAAUACAAUGCUGCUCGUAACAUGGAUUUUACAAAUUGGUUUCACUUCAGAGUGAAUUGUAAUGGCGAAGCUGAUAAAGUUUGGUAUCCACCAAAUGAAGAAAAUGAAGUAGUCAAUAUCAAAAAGGCAAUAGUGAGUCACUUAUCAGCCCGGUUACAUAUGUCCAAUAUGAAAACAAGACCGCUAAGAUGGGCAUACUACAUCAACGAAACUGACUCAACUGGAAAUCAUCUAUCCAUGUAUAACGUUACUGAUAUGGGUGACAAGUUGAUGUUUGAAAAACACAAAUCAGAUGGACACACUACUGCGAUACCAAAUAGCGAUGGCUAUCAUAAAAAGAUGAUUGAGUACCAUAAGGUCAACAGAGUUCCGGAACGUAUUGUGUCAGAGGUCAACUUCACCGCACCAAAUAAACCAAUUCAUGGUAAUGAAGCUGAGACUAGGUUACCCGGUGAUCCUUCAACAGACCAUGGCCCAGGAUGGGCAAACGACUUAG